AUGGGCUGCCUGAAUGGAAACUACGAAACUACGCUCAUGCAGCAGGCAAGCCUGCUAAGGCGCUUAGCUAUUUAUGAGGAACGGAAGCGCUUUAAUUUAAUGUUGGCGCAAGAUAAGAAGCUAUCCAGUGCAGUUGUUAAAGUCAAGGACACCAAAAACCAGUAUCUCACUCUGGAGGAUUUUCUGAGACUGCCUGCGAACUUCUAUCGUUCCUUGGGAGUGGAUCCCUUUGCAACUAACAGAAAUACUAGCAUCGCCUUGCAUUUAGUUUUCAUGGCCCAACUUGUCGGUCUGUCCUUGGCUAUGUACAUGCAGAUGGAGCUUGUGUGGAUCAACGAAGACUUCUUCCAGUCCAUGCAGGUCCUUGGCUACAGUACCUUCGGCAUUGCCGGAAUUCUGAAGGUAAUAACAGUGCAGCUGCGUAAGGAUAAGAUGAUCAGUAUGGUGGGACAGCUAAGGUCCUGCUUCCCAUCGCCCACAGAGGAAGAGCAAAAGCAGUACGAGGUAAAGGUCUAUCUCAGGCGAUUCCAUCGCUUUGCAAAGGCCUUUGGAGGCCUCUACCUGGCCUUAGUCAUCACCUACGAUAUAGCAGCCAUCGGUCAGUACGCCUUUCAGCGUUGGGUACUUUGUUUACCGAAUCCCACGCAAACCUUGCCCUACGUAUCCCCGUUGCCAUGGGAGUGGCGUGACAGCUGGAGAUACUAUCCAACGUACUUGAUGCAGUCAAUCAAUGGCUACUCGGCCACCGGCUACCACAUAUCCGCCGACAUUAUGAUCUUUGCCGUGGUCAUGCAGGUCAUCAUGCAUUUCGAUAGACUAGCCAAGGCUCUCAGGGAGUUCAAGUUUUGCAGAAAUGCAAAAGAGGACUUUAAGAACCUCCGAGCUCUGAUCGAGUAUCACAAUCAAGUUCUCGAUCUGACUGAUGUUAUGAACGAGAUCUUUGGAAUUCCGUUGCUAUUGAAUUUUCUGGCCUCCUCGCUGCUCGUGUGUAAUGUGGGAUUUCAACUGACCCUUGGGUUUAGUUUGGAACAUAUUAGCCAACAAUUGAUGCUCUUGACCAGCGCUCUGGUGGAGAUCUAUCUAAUCUGCUUUUUCAGUCAAAUGCUGAUUGAUGCGAGUGAACAUGUGAGUUUCGCGGUCUACGAAAUGAAUUGGUUAGAGGCGGACAUUCGCUUUCGAAAAAUGUUGGUGUUGCUGUGUCUGCGUGCCCAGAAGCCAGUUUGCCUUAAGGCCACUGUAUUCGUGGACAUAUCCAUUGGAACUAUGAGUAUUUUUCUACGAGUAUCGUAUAAAUUCUUUUGCGCCAUUCGAAGUAUGUAUCAGUAA